CCGGUCAAAUUCAUGCGGAUGUCGGAGUGUUGGUAGGGUAUAGUUGGCAAUGGGUUCACACAUUGGUGCGUGGGUGCCAGGCGUAAGCUGAUAGAUUAGUAUAUUUAGUAUUCUGCGGCACAGUUCGCUAACUCGUAUGCGUUUUAUGAUAGUUUGACACUGUGCUAGAAAAGUUAGGAGGGGAAACGGCUUUUUCAACCCGUUUCUGUUCUAGCGAUGUCUAUGAACUCAUGAAUACACAUGAAUUGUAUAUGUAGAGAAGGGAAAGAGAUAAAGAGCUAGAAAGUACAAAGUAGGAGGAAAGGAACGGGUCAGGGUUUGAACCCAGGACCUUCUGCAUAUGAAUCAGAAGCGGUAGCCGCUAGAUCACCAAGUCCGUCAAAUCAAACCAAACCAAAAUUCUUCAACCAUAGAAUGAUUAAAAAAUUGACAUAAUUUGUACCCUCCGAGCCUUCUUUCAAUUUUUUUAAUGAACAUGUAGCCUUUCAGGUAGACUUUGAUUAGAGGAAGGCAAAAAAAUGCUACCAGUUCAAACCACAUGUUUUUAGCAAUCCCGCCGAUGCAAAGAUACUCGACUUCGCCGAACAGAUUACGUUUCUUAUCAAUUGGGUCUAGCCUAGGAGGGAAGGCUACAUCAUCGAUAACGGGAGCAAUAAUUAUUGUUCAAUGCGGAGGCUUUCGCGCUCAUUGACCACGGUGUGACAGUAACACGCCAGACACCUUGCUGCAAAGAUAAAUAUCAAUAGUCCAAUAUUUAUUCCGUCCGUGGUAUUUGCCGCGUCCGUUUUCUCACUCAUCGAAUGAAUCUCCGCCGCCGUGUGUUUUAAAUAGUUUGUAGUACGAAUUUCGGAGGUGUCUUCCUGCAAAACAACAAGUACCACCCAUGGAGUCGGACAAGGGGAUGCACUUGAGACAACGUCGCCGAGAUAGAAUUCGAUUCAGGAGAACGGGCAAUUACACAAAAUUCCUGAAGAAUCUCCACUCGGAGCAGUUGGCCAAGCUUGCUCUGAAAAAUCAAAAUGAGUGCGAGCUGCUGGAGGACAUCCGGCAGUUUACCCUCAAACGGUCGGCGAUUGAAAAGUCGUACAGCGAGGCCCUGCUCAAGAUAUCGUCGGCAUAUCUCAACAAAAAGCAAGCCUGCAUUCCGGAAAUUAAAAUGGAUGGAGCUGAGGAAAAAUGGAACAUGUGGAGCGUUUGGCAGACAGUCCUGGAAGAGAACGAGAAGCUUGCCCGGGCUCGUCUAGCCGCGGUCGAGGUUUUCCAACAGCAGAUAGCAGACGAAGCCAAACUGCUCCGGAAUGCAAAAUUAAACACCAGCAAGAAAUCAGUCGAACAUCUCGGAGUGGUUCAGAAGGAACUCCAGCUAUCCGUACAGGACGUGGACAAAACGAAAAAGUGUUACUUCGACGAAGAACACUGUGCUCACGACGUUCGUGAUAAGGCACGGGACAUCGAAGAGAAGCUGAAAAAGAAAAAGGGAUCCUUUUUCCAGUCGAUUACCUCUCUUCAGAAGAACAGUGCUCGGGUAACGUCGCGAAAGGAGCAACUGGAAGAGAAGUCUACCGGAGCCAGGAAUGACUACAUUCUCAGUCUGGCUUCGGCCAACGCACACCAAAACCACUACUUCACUAUCGAUCUACAAACCACAAUGGCCACUAUGGAGAACUACGUCUACGAACGGGUCGCAGACUACUUGGCGUUGAUCGGUCGCACCGAGCUGUUGACCUGCUCGGCCACUCAGAACUCGUUCGGCAAGAUCCGCGAUCAGGCUCAACAGUUGACGCGUGAAUACAAUCUACAGUGCUGUUACCUGUAUUACCCGGUGCUAAAGCAGCACAUUCAGUACGAGUUCGAACCAUGCGAUAACGAUCCGAUUCGGAAGAUUACGGCGGACCAUGACUCCGCCGCCGAGACAUUGAAUAGGGAAGGCAAACGUUGGGCAGGCCGCGUUGCCCGCGAAAGCAACGUAAUACGAGAGAAUGCUCGUAAAUUGGCCAUCUGCACGGCACUUCGUGAAGCGGGUCACCGUACGGAUCCGAACGACCAGAAUGGACCCGAUUUGGAAACGAAGAUCGACGAGUUCCGUGAAAAUAUUCGUAAGGCAGAAACCGCCAAGUGUAAGGCCGAAGCCCGGCUGGAGUGUUUGAGAAUAGGCGGCAUCAACGUGGACGAAUGGAUACAGGAGGCUGAAACGUUAAGCGUACAGGAAAUGCCACGAUCGGCUAGCUCGCUGUCCAUGCGUACUGACGCGUCUGGUCAAGGGGAAAAUCCCAGCUCUGACUCCUUCUACGAUAGUGACAACGCAGAACAAGAUCAACCAAUGUCAGAAUCGUCACCAGCUCCAAAGCAGCCUGAACCACCUGGUGAGGAGUUUGCUCCAGACAGCGAUGAAGACGAAGACUUCGAGGUCGAACAGGAGCGUCAAAAGAUCGAACAGAUCUCCCACACGUGGGAUGAUCCCAUUCAAGUAGAUUGGGGUGCGGAGGAAGCUGCUGCCACUGCUGCCGAAGCCAGCUUGCCGCCACAGCAAUCUGCUGGACAGACCUUCAAGUGUACUGCGCUGUAUUCAUACACGGCGCAAAAUCCAGACGAGCUCACCAUAGUCGAGAGUGAACAGCUGGAAGUGGUCGGCGAAGGCGACGGAGACGGUUGGUUGAGGGCUCGGAACUAUCGCGGCGAGGAAGGUUUCGUGCCGCAUAACUACCUGGAUGUGGAGAGGGAUACUCCGGUAGACACUCACACUCCGGCUCAACUGUCGACGCAGAUUUCCUUCUCUUCCGUUGAUUACACUGUGGAUAACGAAGAUCAGGAUCAGAUGCAGGACUCCGGUCAGUCGCCCGAUCAAAUCUCAGUUAUCUCAGCACCGCGGAAAGCGCAUCAGAUGUAUUGCAUUGCUCUGUACGAUUACGACGCCACGGCAGAAGACGAACUCACCUUCGAGGAAGGACAGAUAAUCAAACUAGUCACCAAGAGCCCCCACGGAGUGGACGACGGAUGGUGGGAAGGUGAUCUGAACGGCAAGAUCGGAAACUUCCCCUCGCUGGUGGUGGAGGAGUGCGACGAAAAUGGAGAACCAUUGACCGAGGCAGACGAUGAAUCACCUCCCCCGUCGGCGCCACCCACGUUUGCAGCCCCAGCACCGCCACCCAUGGUCCUGCAAGAGGCCACACCACCCGAGGGUCAGAGCCCAACUUAUGAUACCCGAAGCUCGGUGCCAGCGGUGGACCGUUUCGAGUUUGAACUAAACGAUGAUCAGCACGACAAAUAUGGAUCGCAGUUUUCGGUGCCUCCACCAUCACAGCCACCCCCAGUAGUGAUUUGUGAGGAACCGGAGGCCGAGGAGGAAGAAUCUCGCAACGAUAUAGCGGCCGCUACUCCAGCUACUGCUAGCAGUGACCCGAACCAGCUGGACUUUGCCCAAAUCAUCGUGACCGCAGCCACGCCGAUGCACGAGGAUUCCGAUAAGCAGUUCCCUCCGCCACCGGAAGAGCUGGAUGAAGAGGAAGAGCAAACCGAAGAGCAAUCGACAGAGAUAAUCGAAAAACAGGAACAGGAAACUCAAGAGGUAAGCGCCAAGGAAAAGUCCAAGGCAGAAUCCCCUCCCAAAGAGGAACCACAAGCGCCACAAAAGCAGCCCACGAAGCCACCAACUCCGCCGAAACCAGCCAAACCUCCGUCUCCUCCGAAGCCGGCGAAACCGGCGUCACCACCCAAGGAGGUCCAGCCGAAGGCGGCCACUCCACCCAGCAUGGAACCAAUCGCAGCGGAUGAACCGGAACCCGCACCGCUGGAAGAACCGGAAGCGCCGUUCGAAUCCAGCGGUUUCGAAUCGUCCGGAUUCGAGGCAGCCUUCGAAGCCAACUUCGAGGCCGGAUUUGCAGCCAACUUUGACGACGCAUUCGGAAGCAAUCAGCCGGAAAUACCGAAACAGGUGGUCGGAGGACGCGCAAGCAUACCGGAAGAGCUUGAGCCGCACCAGUUGGCGCGCUUGCAAAACCUGAAGGAAUCCAACGCAUAAUGAUGUUGCUAGGGUAAGGUUAUGCUCGCGUGAGCGAGAGCAUUCGAGAAUAGAUCCAGUUUUAUUGAACAAUGAACGAACAAAAUCUGAAGUUUGAAGGGUGAAAAAUUUCCGUUUUAUCAGUCGAAACUGUCGGGAACGUAUCCAAAUGGUAAGCACUAUCAUAGGCCAUAUUGACAAACAAUCUACGAAGUAUGAAUAAGAAAGUCUGAAGGAGAGGAAUGAUAUCACGUUUGCUUAUUUGUGUACUAGAUAUUUCAGUAACUUUUUCCUGACUUGAGAUAACUUUCAAAUAACAUCGCCUCAGAUGUUUGACUUUUUCGAAUUAGAUGGAGCAUUCCCAAGUAAUCUUGAGCAGUUUAACCCUGGACAUUGAUAUACUUUUUAGUCGCACUUUAAUAACUUAACUGAACUAACUGAAAUAGAGACUUGAGAAAUCGUGAAAACUUUCUUAUGAAACUAAUGAGUAAUGGCAUCUCUGAGCGUCUAUAGUAUAUUUGAAAAACAGAAUUGUGCAGCAACACGACCAAAUUGGCCCGCGUUAUCAUUAGAACAUUCAACAAUUUUAUCACAUGGCGACCGUGACAGGAUACGAACCAGAAAUAUUCGGAUUUCAACACAUAUUGUUGGGGAGCGGGACAUUUGGCAUAAAGUCAUUUGGCAUAAGGUCAUUUGGCAUAAGGUCACUUGGCAUAAAGUC